AUGAAUAUUAAAGGCCCCCUUUUGAUUAAUUUUCAUGAAAGGAAAAUAUACAACAGAAAAAGCUUUAAAAUAUUUAUAUUAUUGAUCUUCACUUUUCUUGGAAUAUUCUAUUUAAUAUACUCCACUUUAUUUUCAAUUUUUCCAUCUCAAAAUCAUCACUCUUAUUUGCCCUUUUUUUUCCACCCUUUCAGUUCUAAUCAUCAUGGCACCUUUCAUGGUAAAAGAGAAUUCAUUAAACAGAAAAUCUUAGCCAAAUUCUAUAAUAAAUAUUGCAAUAAAAACUAUGAAUCGUAUGUUGCUAAAAAGGACUAUUUAGAAAAAUCAAAGGAAAUUUUUAAAUUAUGUUCGAAUUCAAAAAAUUCGUUUUAUAACGAUGAUGAUGAUAAAAACUAUUUAGGUACGACUGUCUUCAGUGAAAACAUUUUUAACAAACAGCCUUAUAUCUCAAAUGGUUAUAUUGGCUCAAGAUUAACUAAUUUAGGUCAGGGUUUUGCCUUUGAUCAAUCUUCUCCUGGAAAUUAUCAAUAUGAACAAAAUCCUGAUUCUUUUUCAAAUGGUUGGCCAUUAUUUAAUAAAAGAUUCUCCGGCGCUUUUAUUGCAGGCUUUUAUAAUCUACAGUAUAGAACUCCAGGCGUUAACUUUCCUGAAUUAUUAGAUAUAGGUUAUGAAAGUGUACUAUCUGCUAUUCCACAAUUUACCACGCUAAAUAUCAAAUACAAUGAUUUAAUACUAAAUCCAGAAUUAACAAAACCAAACGAAAUUUCAAAUUAUUCUCAAAUUAUGUCUUUAAAUAACGCUAUUGUUCAAACAUCAUUUAUUUGGCAGGACGCCUUAAAGGUUUCCUUUGAGACUUUUGCUCAUAGAUCAAUAUCAACUUUAGCUUUGGUCUCUCUCAAUAUAACUAAUUUAAUCCAUAAUGAAACACAUUUGGAAAUCAUUGACAAUUUGAAUUUCAAUACCUCCCAGAGAUGUGAUUUGGAGGAAUUAGGUUAUAAAAAAAAGGAAAAUUCCAUCUAUAUGGUUGUAACUCCAAACAACUUACCUUAUUCUUUUGCUUCAAUCUAUUCUUCAUGGGAUUACCAGCAUACCAUUGAUAUCACCAAUCAAAAACACACAAAACUCAAAAAACCCAAGGUUAAUUACUCAAUUCAAAAUAAUCAAUCAGUCAAUAAAGUUCUUUACAUUAAUUUAAAGCCAUAUGAAAGUUUGUCUCUAAAUAAAUAUGUUGGAAUAGUUUCAAGUGAUUAUGAAAAAUUAGAUAUAUCUUCUGAUUACGAAAGCUUACUAAAAUCAACAAAAGAGCAACUAAAUCAAAUCAAAAAAAAGGUAGAAUCUCAUAUCGAUAGUUGGAACAAAGUUUUAAAUGGCAUCAAAAUUGAGGUUCCUUCUGAUGGGCUAUUAACAUUGUCAGCGAGAUCAUCGUUGUUUCAUUUGCUAGUCAAUACAAGAGAAGACAGCAAGGGCGUUACAUCAGCAUUACCUGUAUCCGGAUUAUCUUCAGACAGCUAUGGCGGGAUGGUUUUUUGGGACACCGAUAUUUGGAUGAUUCCCGGUCUAUUGCCAUUUGCACCAGAACAUGCAAAGGCAUUAACAUACUAUAGAUAUUUCACAUUUGAACAAGCAAAGAGAAACGCCAAAUAUUACGAUUCUCCUGGAUCAGUUUAUCCCUGGACUUCAGGAAGAUUUGGAAAUUGCACUGCUACAGGACCAUGCGUCGAUUAUGAAUAUCAUAUCAACAUUGCGAUUUCGUUAUCAAUGUGGAAGGUGUUUUUAUCGGGGGCUGGAGACUUGAAUUAUCUCGAAGAGGUUGCAUGGCCUAUCAUUAAAAAUUCAGCCAAUUUUUUAUCAGCAUAUGUGAAGUACAACGAAACAUUGAAACAAUAUACCACCUUUAAUUUAACGGAUCCAGAUGAGUAUGCGGAUUUCAUCGAUAAUGGCGCUUAUACAAAUGCUGGAAUUUCGACUUUGAUGAAGUGGGCUUUAUUAAUUGCCUCAGAAAGUUUACUUAAUAAGACCGAAGAGAUUAAUCCUAAAUGGUUGAGUAUUGUUGGUAAUAUGUAUAUCCCAAAGUCUGAAUAUAACAUCACUUUAGAGUAUGAUGGGAUGAACUCAUCGGUGUUGAUCAAACAGGCAGAUGUUGUGUUAAGUACUUAUCCAUUGGAAGACUUUGAUAUCGAUAUUGAACAGGGGUUGAGGGAUAUGCAUUACUAUACCGAAAAACAGGCAGAUGCUGGACCAGCAAUGACAUUUCCAGUUUUUUCAAUAAUUUCAUCCAGAUUAUCCAAAAAGGGGUGCUCAUCUCAAAGUUUUUUAAAGAAGUCAUCGUAUCCAUAUAUUCGACUACCCUUUGGACAGUUUUCAGAACAAAGUAACGAUGACUAUUUGAUCAAUGGAGGAACACAGCCUGCGUUUCCAUUUUUGACAGCUAAUGGAGGGUUGAUCCAAGCUAUAACGUAUGGGCUCCCAGGAAUUAGAUUUGGUUAUAUUAUUAACCCAAAUGGAGAUUUUCAACGAGUUUUAAAAUUUGAUCCAAUUUCGUUGCCAAUAUUACCUGAGGGAGUAAUCAUUAAAGGAUUCAAGUAUCUUGGACAAUUGUUGGACAUAAUAAUAACCAAUGAAGAAGCGAUAAUAUUGCAUAAUGGAGAUUUGGAUUCUAAUAUUGAAAACGGGGACACUAUAUUAAUUGAAGUUGAAGAGAGAAAUUUCAAUAAAGGAUUAUAUGAAUUGAAUUCAGGAGAUGAAUUCAUUGUACCAUUGUUUUUUCCAGAGAAAAACAUCAAUGGAUCAAUUUCUGAAUGUUUUCCGAUAUUGAAUUUAAGUGAUGGUAAAUAUGGGGAUGUUGCAAAUUCUGCUAAUGAUGGAGAUAAUUCUACAUCAUGGCAGCCGAUUAAUGACCAAGAAGCGAAAUUGAUAAUUGAUUUAGAGAACUAUUUGCAAAUUCAUAAGGUUAUAAUUAAUUGGGGAAAUCGACCAGCCGAAUAUUUGAACGUAUCAAUAAUUGACGGAGAAAUCAAUGAAGAGAUUGAUGAAAUACAAAGAGAAUUUAAAGGAAAAAAGGAGAACGAAUUUGAAGAAAUUUUAGUUGAAAUUAGCAGGAAUGAUAAAUUAAUCAUUGAGAAUUGUAAGAUUAAUAUAUCACAUCCAUAUGACGCCGAAGAAUUUGGCAAGGUGCAGUUGAUGCCCGAUAACAUCACAGAGAUUAACAUAGAAGAGAUGAGCAUCCGUAGCAGAUUCAUUAUAGUUGGAGUUAAAGGGAAUUUGAAUGGAGAUUAUGAUCGACGAGGGUGCACUAUUGCAGAAAUAUCUAUUAUUUAA